GUGACACCUGCUUUCCACGCGGAGAUGCGUCUGAUAAUCUCUCUGGAUUCCAGCAAGGAGGAGUCGUCCGAGCAAGUCCGGCCCAUUGGCUGCAGCAAACGUAGCUGCCUCUGUUGCUGGCAUUGGAUCAAUUCUUACAAUCUCGUACACCAUACCACGUGGAUGACGGGUGGUUCUCACGGCAAACCAUACAUGAAUUGGGCACUAUCGAAUGACAUCCCGGUUGAUCUGAAGGUUGUCGCUGCUAUGCGCAUGAGGGUCCUUGAUACUUUGAAAUGGAUGGAAGGAUGGCAGAGACGUCCCUCAGAUGAACAUGCGAGUAGUUCGGGAUCCAGCCCUGAUUCUGAAGAGCCGGUCGACUGGAAAGCGUUGACGGAACGCUACGUUGAAUAUGAUGUAGGACACUCAGACACUGCUACUCCCGCACAAGGCGUUUAGUUCCGGAUAAGUCACCAGAUUUUCGGAGGACGUCGACAGAUACCUUGCUUGAGGGGAAUGGCGAUAGCUGAUACGAAUUCCUAGAAGACGAAGAGUUCAGUGUGUAUACGCAUGCUCAAGAAUAUGAAUAAGAGAAGUUGUAAAUACAACAGUCGAGUUACCGAACAUUGUC